AUGUUCUGUGGAAUUUUAAAGAGAUCUGCACAAAUUUCUGCACAUUUGAUAAAGAACAGAGGAAGAGAAAUAAUAAAUUCUUCAGUAAAAAAUGUUAAUUCGUUUUCCUUAGGAGAUCAUCAUACAAGACAAUCAUACAUUUUCCAACGUUUUUAUUCUAAACAACCUAGUGUUGAAGAAUUGACUGUUGAUUAUGAGUAUGUCAAUAAAGCAGCAAACAAUAAAAAAACCAUUAUAGUUGAUGUAAGGGAACCAGAAGAAAUAAAAGAACAUGGCAAAAUACCAAAUAGCAUCAACAUUCCAUUGGGUAAUGUCUCUACUGUUCUUGGCACAAUGACUGAAAAAGAAUUCCAAACUUUAUAUAAAUUACCUAAACCAUCAGAGGAAACAGAAAUAAUAUUUUAUUGUAUGAUUGGCAGAAGGUCAGGAAUGGCACAACAAAAUGCUAUUAAUUUAGGCUUUAAAAAUGUGAAAAAUUAUCUUGGCAGUUGGACAGACUGGGCAAGUAAAACACAA